UGCCCCUGCGGACUCGUGCGCUCUGCAGCUCUGCCCUGCGGUGGAAGCAGCGGCGGCCUCAGCCUUGGCCCUGCGUGUGAGGGUCAAGGGGCUCCGAACUGGCCUUUGAGUCCAGUGGCUUUCUUUUUAACCAUCAACUUUUAACUUUUAACCAUCAACUGCUGGUCUGAAAAUACUUUACCUGCUGUUGCUGCAAGUACUCCACCAGUAUUACUGCAACUGAAAGGGAGCCGGGUUAGGGAGAGACCCUGUCUUUAAGUUUUUCUUGUGCUUUUAACAGUUGUUUAGCCUUGAUCUUACAAUCAGAUCCGUGCAGGGCUUCAAGUUCUCAGCAGAUGUCAAACCGUUUGUCCCAAAAUACACGACAGUCACUGUGGCAUGGUCAGAGCCUUCAGAAGCAUGCGUCUUUCCUACUACAUACUACCCGUGUGUUCAGGAGCAGUCUGUGGAUAAGUCACAGGUGUGUGCGGAAGAUGUGUCCUGGAAUGGCGCUUCAUCUCUUUCUCAAUAUAUAUCUGGUAACGUUAUGGGAUAUACUCCACUUGGUGAAUACUCUAGCUCGCUUUAUUCGUCUGAUGCUGCACCAAAUAUGUACUCACUAGCCAGUACACGGUGUAAUUAUAACAACUCUCAACACUACAGUCAUUCCAGGAUAGCUAAUGAAUGUGCCGAACAAAUUUGUCCAGUCAGACAAGAGACUAGAAAGACUCCUAAGAGGAGAUCAAAAGGCGAUGAGCAGAAAUUGGACAAUAAAAGGCUUGAUGGAAGUGAGUCAUCAGGCAGAACAGCAAAUAGAAGUUCACUUCAUACUUCUGUGUAUGGCAGAGAUGCUUUGAAACCAGACAGGUCUCAUAAAGCCAUGAACAGGAAAUCAAAACAGAUUCCAAAAAACGAGUCUCUUCCAAAACCUGCUUUUGAAGUUACCCUUUCGGAUUUCCCUAAGUUGCAGAGUCUGGGAAGCAAUGAUGUAGUGGACCUACAAAAACAUAAAUGGGGGCUGUUAUGCUCAACUGAAGGCAAUACUGCACUCUUGAGACAACCAGUGAGAACACAGACUUCUGCUUUGGUGACCACAGAGGAUGAAACUUCAGUGGAAAACAAAGCUGUAUCAAAACUUUAUACAGACGCAGGUUCAGUUUCCUCUUCACUUCUUACUAGAGCAGCCCUUCCUCCGACACCUGCAUCUUACUCCACGCAGUCACAUUUAUCACGGGCCACCAUACUAUCGCAGGCUCCAAAGAGAGUUGUUACCUCACCAGCCUCUGAACUUGUUUCCAGUAGCCAUUCUUGCAGCAAAGAAAAACCAGAUGUUCAGGCAAAUAGUAAGACAAAAACCAGAAAUGAUGCUAGUGAAACCGAGCCUGAAGAAGUAUCAGAAAAGAAGAAGAAAAAAAAGAAAAAGAAACCUAAAUCAAAUCCUGAAAUGGAAAAACCUCAAAAUGACAGCUUUAUAGUACAGGAACCACCGAGGAUUGAGGAUGCUGAAGAGUUUCCUGAUCUGGCAGCUGCUGCUGACCGAAAAAGCAGGGUGGGGACUCAGAAAUCAUCCUAUACUCCUCCUGUUAGCAGAAGGCAGCCUGAAGUACAUCUAACCAAAGAGUCCUGUGAUCGCCAUUAUCGAAAUGAUAUGUCGUAUUUGGGAGCUGUUGUAACAGCAGGGAAAAAAGCAGGGAAACAGGCUUCAUCUACUAUGUUGGAAAGAAAAAAACCUCAGGAAGCUUCUAAGAGCAGUGGAAAGAAGAGUCAGAUUCCAGUGAAGUUGGAUUUGGGAGGCAUGCUGGCUGUAUUGGAGCAGAAGCAACAUGCAGAGAAAUCAAAACAGUCCUCAAAACCUGUGGUGCUUUCAGUUGGUGGUGCCAUACCAUUGCUUUCAAAGGAACCUACAACAGUAACAAAAAAUCAACAACAAUUAAAUCAAGGGAAGACACCACAUAAUCCAUUGGACUCCAGCGCUCCUUUGGUAAAGAAGGGAAAGCAGAGAGAAGUCCCCAAAGCAAAGAAACCAACAUCUCUUAAAAAGAUUAUUUUGAAAGAGAGAGAACAGCGAAAACAGCACCUGUUAGAACAGACAAUUCCAAAAGAUGAUGGAGAUACUGUUCAUCAGUGUGAAGAAUCCACAACUGAAGAUCAGACGCUUACUCAAGAUACCAAAACAGAUAUAGCAGAUGAUGUUCCCAUAACCUCGGUUUCUGUGGCUCAGAGCAGUUCAGAAGUGUUCCUGGAAUGUAAAGACCUCAAGGAUUCUACAGGAUGUUCCUCCAAUCUAACACAAGUAAACUCCAGCCUUCCAAAAAUUCAUAGCAGGAGAUUUAGAGAUUACUGUAGCCAGGUACUUAGUAAAGAAGUUGAUAGUUGUGUGAUAGAUCUUCUAAAAGAACUGGUUCGUUUCCAAGAUCGCUUGUAUCAGAAAGACCCAGAGAGGGCCAAGACAAAACGCAGACUUGUUAUGGGACUCAGAGAAGUUUUGAAACACCUGAAGUUGAAAAAAUUGAAAUGUGUCAUCAUCUCUCCAAACUGUGAAAAGAUUCAGUCAAAGGGUGGGUUGGAUGAGACUCUACAUACCAUUAUUGACUGUGCCUGUGAACAGAAUAUCCCAUUUGUCUUUGCUCUCAAUCGCAAAGCUCUAGGACGUUGUGUGAACAAAGCAGUGCCUGUCAGUGUGGUGGGAAUUUUCAGUUAUGAUGGUGCUCAGGACCACUUUCACAAAAUGGUAGAACUGACAAUGGAAGCCAGGCAUGCAUACAAAGAUAUGGUGGCAGCUUUAGAGGAAGAGGCAGCUGAAGGGGGAGGAAGUGAAAAGCACAGCACAAUCUUAACCACUCAAUAUGAAGAGAAGAGCUUGUCCGAGACUGGUAAAACGCCCCAUGUGGAAUCUGAUGUACCAAAUUACAUCAAAAUCUGGAAGAGAAAGCUUGAGGAGGAGUAUAACCCUUAUGCCUUGGAAUUAGAAAAGAUUGCAACUACUGAAAUGCUGACCUUGAAUUUAGAAGAGCCUCAGUAAAGCUGGAUCAUAUUUUAUUGGGCCUUAUUACUUUUUUACAUAGAUAUGUAAAUAUUGAAUUAUCUAAAAUCAAUGGUCCAUCUAAGCUGUGAGGUGUAGCAAAUAAAGUAAUCUAGGAAACGUUUAAAGUUGGCUAAGACUAUUCUGAUCUCACUUAAAAUACAUUGGAAUGCAUGAAACAUUGGCUGAUUCUUAUAGGGUUUCUGUGUACUUGACUGGCUGCUAAAGCUGCUGCUGCUGCUGCUUCAUUCUUUGUAUUGGAGAAUUAAUUUGAAGGGAGGGGAAACUCGUUUUAACCCAGGACCACUUAGGAAUGGGCUUGUUUUAAUACAUGCCAUGUUUUUAAGGAUUUUACAGGGUUGGUAAGGCUGAUUACUGCUGGUGUCUGGUGCCACAAGUAGAGCUAGCCAGAAAACAAAAUCUCAACAUUUGUUUGAGAUGCAGAAGUUCUGAAAACCUUCAUUUUGGGAGAAUAUUUCACAUUGCUGGUUGUCUGCCUGGAAGGCUCUUAAUUUCACUUUCUCCCUGCAGGCAGAAAGUGAGAUUGAUAAGAACCUUCCAGGUGGGAGCAGUCACUUUAGUUUUCCCAAUAGAAAAUUGAAAUUUUCUUAGAAAAACUGGAAAUCUUCUGCGUGAAUGAUUUUCUGAGGGGGAAAAUAGCCUCCUCCCCCUGCCAAAAAAAAAAAUCAAAAUUAUCAACCAGUUCUAGCUUCAAGUCAAUUAAAAUCUCCCUUCCUUCCUUCCCUUGGGGCAUGCAGCAGCUGGGAGGGGGAUAGGGGUAAUGAGUCAAGAAAUUCCUGAGAGAUGGGGAAGGUGGUAAAGUUAAAAUGGACCACAAAGGAGAUUCCUGCCCUAAAGAGCUCUUAAGAUCUGAUGCAGAUAGAGCCCUUCUCCUGGCAGAGCUUAGGAAUGCUUCAGGGAAAGAGGUGGGUCAGCCUGUUCCUGCCCCCUCUCUCCUCUUACAGAAUUUCUUCUCUGCCUUAGGAGUACCACAGCUUGGAAGAAACAGUGCUAUAGCAGUGGUACUCAAGUCUGCAGGGAAGGGCAACUGCUUUCUUCAAAAUGCACCUGCUGCCUGCAUUUUCUUUAGCUGUUGUCCAGCUGCCUCAGCCAAGCCCCAAGGGCAGCCAUGUGUGUAGCAUUGUUGCAUAAGGGAGAAUUAUACAGCAAUGUGCUUGGUUGCAUAAACACAGGAUGUGAGCUCUUCGCCCUUCCCUUCAGAAGAAUUCGUCAGUCUUGUCGCUACUGUUUUUUUUAAUGUACAAUUGUGUAUUUUGAUUUAGAUAAUGAAGUCUUAAUUUAAGGAAAAAGAACUAAUAUGUUAGAGCCAAGACUGACUGUAUAUAAUUGUGUAUCAAAUGUAGAGAAGUUUUCUGAAGACAGGCUUAAUUUACUUUUGAUAUUGAGACUUUUUUUAAACUUGACAUGUACCUGUUGGUGGUAGAGCACUUUUGUGGGAGGUUUCUUUUAUAAAUAGCAAUGCUUAUAUAUUUUUAAAAUGAAGAUGGCACACUUAAUGGAGAGGGCCAAAUAGUGUAGUAGAGUAUUCAGAUUUGUAUAAGGGUGAAAAUGAAAAUUAGGAUUUCUGAUUUCAAUGUGUGCAAAAUAAAAUGGGUGUAAAUCCCAGAUGCAACUAG